AUGAAAGAAGUGGUAUUUAAUACAAAAACGGGUCAAAUGAUUGCUAAUAGUGAGAAAGAAUGUCUAUCCCACUUGGAAGACAUAUCUAAUAAUGGAAAUAUGAGUUAUUUGUUAUAUAUUUAUGAGAAUAGAUCAACAAGGAAAGAUGAAUAUUUUGCUAAAGAAUUAGGCAAAACGAUUCAAAAACAAUGUUGUACUAUCUUUUGCAAUGGUCGAAAUCAGAAUCAAGCAUUCGAACUGCUCGAUGUUAUUCGUGAUAUAAUACUCAGUGAUGCGCACGAGUAUGAAGCGAUAUUGGAUACGCAUAAUCUACGUGAAUGUAAAAAAUUUAAUUUUGAUAAUUCAUCAUACGUGCCAAAACUAGGUUCUUUAGUUACAUCAGAUGAAUUCCAAGAUCUCGUACAAGGAAUUUAUUUGUGUGCACCAGGUGGUUACGUUGCACGAGAAAUUCCUAUCGACGAUGCUGCAAGCGAUCUGAAAGAUUCGAAUAUCCCAACAGAUUAUCUACCAGAAUAUUACCAUGCACGAAUUGUUAAAUGUUAA